AGCCCAGGUCGGAUUUCCUCCGAGGCUGGCGAUCGGCGAGGUUCCCACCUUCGCCUGGAGCUCGCUGCGGCUGCCGUGCCCCGCGCCCUCCGGAGCCUUGGACCGAUCAUGAUGUGGAAAUUCUGGCUCCCUCUCGCGCUGGUGGCCGUCGCCUGGGUCCACGCCGAGGAAGAACUAAGGAGCAAAUCCAAGAUCUGUGCCAAUGUAUUUUGUGGAGCCGGCCGAGAAUGUGCAGUAACAGAGAAGGGAGAGCCUACCUGUCUCUGCAUUGAGCAAUGCAAACCUCACAAGAGACCGGUGUGUGGCAGUAACGGUAAGACCUACCUCAACCACUGUGAGCUUCAUCGAGAUGCGUGCCUCACUGGAUCCAAAAUCCAGGUGGAUUAUGAUGGGCACUGCAAAGAGAAGAAAUCUGUAAGUCCGUCUGCUAGCCCAGUUGUUUGCUAUCAGGCCAACCGUGAUGAGCUCCGGCGUCGCAUCAUCCAGUGGCUGGAAGCCGAGAUCAUUCCAGACGGCUGGUUCUCUAAAGGCAGCAACUACAGUGAGAUCCUAGACAAGUAUUUUAAGAACUUUGAUAAUGGUGACUCUCGCCUGGACUCCAGCGAAUUCCUGAAAUUUGUGGAGCAGAAUGAAACUGCCAUCAACAUCACCACCUAUGCAGACCAGGAGAACAACAAGCUGCUCAGAGGACUCUGUGUUGAUGCCCUUAUUGAACUGUCUGAUGAAAAUGCUGACUGGAAACUCAGCUUCCAAGAGUUCCUCAAGUGCCUCAAUCCAUCUUUCAACCCUCCUGAAAAGAAGUGUGCCCUGGAGGAUGAAACAUACGCAGAUGGAGCCGAGACCGAGGUGGACUGUAACCGCUGUGUCUGUGCCUGUGGAAACUGGGUCUGCACAGCCAUGACCUGUGAUGGAAAGAAUCAGAAAGAAGCCCAGACCCAGACAGAGGAGGAGAUGACUAGCUAUGUCCAGGAGCUCCAAAAGCACCAGGAAACAGCUGAAAAGACCAAGAGGGUGAGCACCAAAGAGAUCUAAGAAGAGGCAAGUAAGCACAGUGUCUGGAGCCUGACACCUUCUCUUCCACUUCAGUGUCAAGUCCAGUACAUGAGUGUCUGCUACAAUUGCCAGAUCACAAAUAUUUGCUUGUAUAGCAAUGAAUUUUAUUUUGUUUAUUUGUUUUGCAAUAAAGGAAAUGGGGGUGGCUGGUUAGGAGGGGAGGGUCAUAACCUUGUUUCUAGGAUUGCUUUAAGAGAAACUGUAAACAGUGCCCUGGGGCUGGAGGCAAGUAGGGACCCUGCAUCCAGGUGGGCAGACCCAGAUCUGCAACCUUUCUGAGACCACAGCAUUCAGUGCCAGAGGGGACUGAGCAGACUCAGUCUCAGUCUUGAGAGGUGGGGAUGCUCAGUGGAGAAGGCAUGCCGCUUCUGGCCCUUGCCAUUGCCUCUGACAGACCUCCCGCAUCUCUGCUUCUCCUCUUGGUCCUAACCAUCAUCUCUAGAUACACAGCCAUCCUGUUAGUUACUAUGUCCCUCAGACUUGGAUGGAGUUUCUGGGAGGGUGUGCCCAAAUGAUGCAGAUAUUUACUUGUAUACUUCCAGCCCCUUAGAGACCUAACCAAAUUUUUAAAAUAAUUUUUACCAAAGGUGCUAUUUCUCUGUAACACUUUUUUUUUGCAAGUUGACUUCAUUCUGCAAUUAUCACUAUAUUAUUGUUGUUGUUUUAUAAUAUUUUCUUGUCUAGCUAUUAAGCUUUUGUAAUUAUUUUUUCACUAGUCUUACCAUUUCAGAAGUGGAAGGAGUUUGGGGUUCUUAUUAGUGCAGGGACCUCUACAAGCCAGACACCCCCUAGACCCUGCCACAUUCUAGACUAGUUGUAGCCCAAGGUUG